UUCAUUUUCACUCAUAACCCACAUGACGCACAAAACCAAAAUAGAUUUACAAAAGGUUUGCAACUGGCCCCGGUUCUCUUAAAAUGCCUUGUCAUAGAUGUUCCGGUCAUGAAAUGAUCUCCGGAAACUAAAAAGGAUUGGUGAUUGUAGUCAAAGAUGAGGUUAGGUGUACAUCGGUGGCUUGAUGUUUGAGGGUCAUGGGUCAGACGUAUGAAUCAUCAUGCUGACGUUCUCAGUGGAGACAUGAGCCGAGACAUCUACAACAUCUCAUUUUGAUGCAUCUGAUCAUUGCGCAGAGAGCUUAUAAGUGCUUGAGAUGGUCCUUCUUCUGUUACUUGAGAAGAGUCGGUCACGAUAGACGUCAAGUCCUGUUCCUCGACACAAUGGUUAGUGAUCGGAUCUUUCUUCUAACCGUAACCUGCUCCGUCUUAAUGCUACUAGUUAGUUGUGAUGAUUUUCUAGAGAUCCGCUCGAUAGACGAUAAUAUGAAGGCUCAAGAGGAGAAAGAACUGAUUGAAGCUCUUCAAGAAGUUCUUGCAAAACUGAGAAACAAACAGAUUCCCACUGCAGAGAAGAAGUUUGGCUGGGUUCCCUCGUGUGAUGCAGGUGAGCAGUGUGCGGUUCGCAAAGGCGCUCGCUUCGGGAAGCUCUGCAGCUGUCCAGGAGGAACCACCUGCAGCUUCUCCAUCCUCAAGUGCUUGUGAAAACAUGCCUCUGUGUGUCAUAACCCAGCGUUUUAAGAUGAUUGUUAGAGAUGCUCGUUGUUUCCCCAUCAUUGUUGUAACAUGUUUUAUGAAUGCAA